AUGAACUUGAGUGAACUUAACGACUUCGAAAGGGAACCUCCAUUGAAUGUGAUACAGUGGCUUCAAAGAUGCUAUUUACUACCCAAUCCUCUACAAUGCGCACAGUGUAAUUGUGAAAUGGAAUUGACAGUGAGGACUGGUAACCAUGUAGAUGGAUUUCUAUGGCGAUGCAGUGGUUGCAGAAAAAGGCGGAGUUUACGGUCGAACAGUUUCUUCGCCGAAUUUCCAAAGUUGCCACUUCUUACGCUACUUAAGAUCAUCUACUACUUCGUUCAGGAUGACUCGCAACGAAGAAUUUUGCGAACCCUGAAUUUAAAUGCAAGUUUGGUGUCACAAAUAUGCAGACGCCUACAAGAUGUGUGCUCUCUGGACCUGCAGACGCGUCCAAUAAUACCAUUUGGUGGCCCGGGUGUUGUGGUGAAAUGUGAUGAAAGUAAAUUUAAUCACAAAGCAAAGGAAAUGUAUGACUGGGCAGGGUCACAACAGAAUGUGCCCCUAAAUUUUACUCUGCAGAGACAAAAGCACGUGGUCAAACACCAAGAUCCCCUUCUGGGCAAGGAGGUGCUAGAUAUCUGCGAGAGGGAUCCAGAGGAAGCCAAGGCUCUCCUAGAUGACCAGGUUUGCUUCAAGGGAAAUGUGCCACUAGGCAAACAGGAAAUCCUGCAAACGACAGUCGAGGAUGAAGACCACCAAGACCAUUAUAAAAAGGAAAGAAGAAUGGAAAAAAGAAGAAAAAAGGAAAGGAAAGAGAAAAGAGAAAAGAAGAAGCAAAAGAGCGAAGAGAAAAAAGACGCAAGAGUAGAUAAAGAUGGAGAAUGUAGAAGAGAAGAUGCCAGCAUGGAAGGUGAGGAAGGAGAAAAGGUAGAAAAAGAAGAAAUAAAGGAAAUCAAUGCCAAAGGGGAAAAGAAAAAAAGGGAAAAAAGAACUGGCUGCCAAAGGAAGAAGUUGAAGAAGUAGUCAGAUGUUGGAUAAUGUAAGGAUAUUAUGGGGAGAAGUUACUUGUUAAUCACUUAUAGAAGUUAAAGGGUGAAAAAAAUUAAUGGAAGUUUUUAACCCUUUAACUCCCAGUGGCGAUUCACAUAAAACUUCUACCUACAAUAUCCAUACAUUCUCCAGCAAACAGGUAAAGAGAAUAUUAAAACUUAUCAGGUAGAAGCUGCUAUCUUGAUCUAGCACCAAGUUCUCAUAACUAAUUCACAAGGAAAUGUGUAGCAGCUACAGGGGAGGAUUAACAAUCAGAUCUUGGGAGUUAAAGGGUUAAACUAGUUUGUAAUUUAAUUAUGUGAAUGUUUGUUAUUCAUUAAGUAUUUAGUGGUUAUGAUUACUCAGUAAGUAAUCAUGCAUGUUUAUAAAUUUGAGUAUUCUUGUUACCUAUUUGUUGGAUAACAUAAGGAUUUUAUGGGAAGAAGUUUCUUGUUAACCUUUUAACUGCCACGAGUGACCCAGACAGAAUUUCUCCCUACAAUAUUAAUACAAUAUCAACCAGAUAAGUGAAGAGACCAAAGAAGAAUAUCAAUUUUGGGUUAAUUAGUUGAUCAAUACUAAAUUCUCUGACCUAACAUCAUAAGAAUUGUAUGGUUGAUAGUAAGGAGAAUUAAAAAUUCAAUCUGGGAGUUAAAGGGUUAAUCACUUCUAGGAGUCAAAGGGUGAAAAAAUGAAUGCAAGUUUUUAAACUAGUUUGUUGUUUAAUUAUGUUAAUGUUUGUUAUUCAUUAAGUAUUUAGUGGUUAUAAUUACUCACUAAGUAAUCAUGCAUGUUUAUAAAUUUUGAUCAAAGAAAAAUAUAAAUUAUUGUUGUUGUGCUGUAUCACAUUCAACAGAUGUAGAGCAGUUGUUAAUUAAAAGUUAACUCUCAAUCUUUUGAAACUGUUUCUUAAUUGUCCCCUCAAGCUGCUACACAAUUCCUUGUAGAUAGCUUAUGCAAAUUGGGUAUUAGAUCAAGAUGACAAUUUCUACCUGAUAAACAUGAGUAUUCUCAUUACCUAUUUGUUGGAUAAUGUAAGGAUA